UUGUGUUCGCCACAGCCCUCGAGGGAUCGAAGAUGAUCUUCAAUUUGCGUGCUGUCUCUUUGGUGGUCGUCAUUAUAAAUAGUGGAGUUGUUGCGAAUGAGGUUCAACUUGAUUCACCAUAUGGUGGAACAAAUGUGACUGUAUCACUUCACUCCUCAGUGACUUUUAAGUGGACUUUCAGUGGCGGACUUCUUGAAGCAACCUGGGCAACAAAAAGGAAAGAUGCUCUUGAUAUAGAUCAAGUUCUUAUGACUAUAGGGAUGGUAAAGCAGCAGAUAUUUAAUGUCUCGCUUUACAAUGGCCGUGUAAAUGGCAGUUGGAAUGGCAAAUCUCCUGGUCAAGUCAGCUUCACCCUAUCGCCCAUCAAAGAGGUUGAUAACAGAUUUUUUCUCUGCAUUUUUAAACCCAUAGACUUUGGGGUCCUGAGUACCAAAGAUACUGUGCAGCUGAUUGUUCAGGAUCCUCCUAUGGUAACUUUCAAAACUUCUAUCCUGCCUGCCCGAAGAGGUGUCCCUGCAAGGUUAACUUGUAAUGCGAGUGGUUUUCCUGAUCCAAAGAUUAGUUGGAUGAGACAGACUGGACCCACUGAAAGUGAGAUUGAUGGUGACAAUGGUAACUACCAAAUAAACUCCCAACCUGGCUCUUCUGAAUUAAUUCUAAAGAAAACCAUGGUUAAUGAUCAAGGUUACUACCUUUGCAAAGCUUCAAACUUCAAAUCUGAUGUAACAAGAGCCUACAUAGGGGUUUUAUCAUUGUACGUGGAUUAUGACCUAUGUCCCACAAGUACUGAAGCAACCAUUGGAGAAUCAAAGACAAUCUGUUGCCCUGUUAAAGGGUUUCCACCACCUGACAUUACUUGGCAACUGCCCAAUGGUACAUUUCUCAAAUCAGAAGGGAUUAAUUUGCGUGUCGCACUUAAGGAGGGCAAUGAUUUUGGACGCUAUAGAUGCAUUGCACAGGGUGUGGAAGAAAAGGUCGCAACUGAAGUCACCAUUCACCAAAAAGAUGUAAAGCCAGAAGUUGUCAUUAUCGAUAAUAUCACGUUUAUUCUGAAUCCUGGCGACAAAUUUUCGUUUAUGUUGGGUGGAUUACCAAAGGCACCGGAAUAUCUGUUCACAAUACACGACACUAAAUCCACAAAGGAAAUAUCCCUUCUUGGUGGUAACGAUACCUCUGUGGAGAUUCCACACAGUAGUUUGGUCUUUAAGAGUGCGAAUGUAGACGAAAGACCUCGUGAGGUGAAGGUUAUCAUCGAUGUUCAGGCUCUCAGCAAGAGGGGAAUUAGAGAGAAGAUAUAUCGCUUUAUUGACGUGGACAUUCGCGCGAGUGCAACAUCUUUUACAGUUUCCUUGAUGACACUCCUGUUAUCGCAUGUAAUAUCAUCAUCAGUCGGGUUAUGCUGUGUUUUUUAAAUUUUUCUACCUUGUGGUACAUGCGCCUUGCUGUGGCGGGGUGGUUUGAGCGUCGUAAUGAUUCUGUGGGCUGUGCCAGCGGGAGUUUUACUCCUGGUAGGUUUAACCAAGUUGGACAGGCCAAGGAGGAAUGGCCAUUCGAAGCAUGUUACCAUAUUACUUAUCAUGUUACAAAACCCUUUGUCAUAGUAAAGUGGAUAGUCUUGCUAUUAUUGAUUCUAAACUAAAUUCGUAUUGCUGUUUGUGAUUUUUGAUCUGCAUUAAUCUUUGAGUAUUCGGUGGAAAUUUAAGAAUUAAUAAGGCGUUGACUUGAGAAGGUAGAUAGACAUAGUAAUUUCUGCACCUGAUUAUCAAGCAGGGAAAGGUGUUGUACGUCUGUCACGGGUAGGGGACAAAAAUAAGUCCAUUUUCGACUCCCGCAGGACGCUAGUCACACUUGAAUCAAAUGUAUGUUUAACCUUUGUUUCAUUAUUUCUCUGAAACUCGGAGGCAGAAUUGGCUAGUUGGGUGCUUCGAUUUUUUCCUUUCUCAAACACUCGCACAAAUGAGUAACAUAUUUCUGUUAAGUGGUGACUGAUUUGAAACCUUAGCAAGGAUUCAAGUAAAGUAUAAAGUUAAGCAACUAUAUGGGCAAUUGUAGGUUACUCCCCUCCACCUUCUUUCUGGACCCUUGUCGGCAUGAAGAAUUCUUAUGUUUAUUUCACCAAAUGACUUUUAUGCCCUUUCUCCCUUAUAAAUUAUAUGCACAACCCAAAUGUGCUGCCUUGCCUGAGCUAUGUUUACUGGGCAAAAUUAUAACCAAUCAACAAUUGGAUAAAAUGGCUAUGGGCGGAAUCCCAUAACCGCAUUUAUUUAAAAUUACUGUUCAAUCAAAUCCUUGAUACAAAGUUUGGCCCAGUAAAGGUGAGGGCACUGAAAACGCCAACAAUACAAUCUAAUGAUCUGAAAAAUGGGAGUGGCUGGGACAAGGGGAGGAGGAGGGAUGAAAAAACACGUCUUUAACCACCGUCAAGAUGAAACGAAGUGACGCUCAUAUGGGAGCCUGGUCACUUGGCAAGCACAAGUAUCCUAAAGGGUAUUGGCUAUAAUCCAAAUAAAUGCCACCCCAAGUUCCAGGCCCCCCAAAGAAAUAAAAAGUACACAAUGGGAAGAAGAAGCAUAACAAUUCUAUUUGCAAGAAAAUAUUUCCUUGAGUCAGAAUUGUGAAAAGGCUAAUUAGAUAUUAUAGAGUUAAGGCUUAGUAGCUAAUUAGGAGUAUAUGUUUUUUCCUUAUGAGAAUAUUAGUUAGACAAGGAAACUUCUUGCCUUCGUAAACUUUUGGAUCAUGCUAGUUUGAGGGUAUAAAUAUUAAUUUGUAAAGGCACUUAGUUUACGGUGUAAACCCUUUUAUCGUGGAACUUCUCGACGACUUUUUUGGAUGAAAUAUGAUUAAUUUGGUGUCGGGUUUAUUUAGAAAUAAAUCAUUGUAAUCUUAAAGAUGUUGGUUUUGUCUUAAGUGCAUGGUAGAUUGCAGAAUAUUACUAGAAGUUUAUUUUCACGAACGUCGCGUGAAAAAAACCUGAACCCUGUCUAUGUAUGGAUGAAGAAUUUAAUGGAGUUGUACUCCGUGGUGAAGAUGUAGUUUUUGCCCCAAUUAUCAUCUAUAGCCUAGAAACUAGACAAAAUUCAUGCGGAGCUACACGUAGACGUGGGGUGCUGAGAAUUAAAACGUCAACCAUCACAAUUGCAGUGUGAGCAGGGUAUUAGAACUGCAAACGUGAAGUGGAAAAAGAGGUGAGGCAUUUUUUUGCAAAGUAGCUCUAUUAAGGAGCCCCCCAUUAUGAACAUGAGUGGGCUAGUUUAGGAUGGAUUUUAUUCAUGAGUUCAGAUGAAUAUUAAUAGGCCUUAACACAUUCUGCCGGCAGAAUUUCGAGCAUAAUAGGGCCUCAGGAGCAGAAUAUAUGAUUAGGGCAUAAUCUUUGGCCACUUUGCAUAUUCUGGGGCUUGGGAACGAGUCCGAGAGGGAGCUGGGCACGAGCAUCCGAGCAAAACAAGAUGGCGGUCUGUGACAGCGGAUGGACAAAGACAUUUCUGAUAUGGUUCAUGGUUGUCCCAGACUCUUUUUACAAGUAAUGACCCAUGUUAGUUUUAAGUAUUAAAUAAUACAUGCUCAUAUUUUGGGUUAGCCUCAUCCUGGAAGGGCGAUAUAAUGUCUUAUUUAUCAUGUUUGAGUAUUUUGAACCCAGGAAUAUCGAUUUUUACCGAAGCAUAAUUCGAGCAUAAUAGUACUUUUGGAGCAUAAUCUCGAGCAGAAUAGCCUUUCUUGGAGGCAAUUCUUUUGAGCAGAAUAGCCUUUUUUUCGAGCAGAAUGUGUAAAGGCCUAAAUACUAAUCAUAACGAGUCAUGUGACAAAGUGUCACGUCAGAGUAUCAAGUAAGUCACGUAGGGUGUUAUAUUGAUGGGAGGAAACGGAACGACAGGUUUUUUAAUCAAACAACUUUAGUAUGUCAAAAACCUUGAAUGACAAGCGAGACGCGUAUUCUUCCUUAGUGUGCCCAAUACAUCAUAAACAGAGAAUGAGGAAUAUAACAUUAAUGUAGUUCUCACAAAUCAGUCAAUAUUGAUACUAUUUCUUUAUCCUCAGGUGCAGGGCUCGACACUAACUUU